AUGUCCACUCAUUUCGCUUUCGUGACUCUCGUAACUUCAGAUUCCUAUCUCCCAGGCGCACUCGCCGUUUUGGGUGCUUUGAAGGAUGUGCAUCAGACUCAACCUCAUGAGGUCAAGUACGACACAGUGUGCAUGGUCACACCAGAAACCCUUGAUAUCACCACCAUCAAACUGCUUAGAAAAACAUACGAUAUUGUCAUUGGUGUUGAGGUCAUAGGCCAGUCCGAUCCUGCUGGACUAUAUCUACUGGGACGCCCAGACCUUGAUACGGUCCUAACGAAACUACACGUAUUCCGCCUCACGCAGUACUUCAAGGUAAUAUUCCUUGAUGCGGAUGUUCUCCCCUUGCGCCCCCUGUCCCACCUGUUCCACCUUGACCACGAGUUCUCUGCGGUACCUGACGUAGGAUGGCCCGAUAUAUUCAACUCGGGUGUAAUGGUACUUACUCCUGGUGAAGAUAAGUUCAAGGAGCUUCAAGAACUUCUAAAAACAAAUGGAAGUUGGGAUGGCGGCGAUCAAGGUAUCUUGAACGAGUGGAGGGGAGACAACUGGAAUAGGCUUAGCUUCACUUACAACACGACCCCUACAGCUGCUUAUACGUAUGCCCCUGCAUACGAACGGUUCGGUUCCCAAAUAUCGGUGGUGCAUUUCAUCGGACCUAAUAAACCUUGGCAUUCCAUUCCUUAUCGCGCCCCAGGAUCCUCCACCCAAGUACCAUCUGAGAAGAUGGAACAGCAGUCUCCAGAGUCAGAGCUAGCAACGCAACCUCAACAAGCCUACGAUUAUGGUUCACUCGUCGAUAGGUGGUAUGGUGUUUAUGACAAGCACUUUCGAUCAAAACCCAUCUCAUCGGAUCUCGAGGUUCCUGUCAGCAAAUACGUCUCUGCAUGGGAAGAUGAGACGAAUACCCGUGCAGGGGUAGAGUCUGCAGGCACAUCGAGUGGAGGUCCACUUGGUCUCGACGUCUUACGUCGUUUGGCUCUUCAGGGCAUGGGUGUGAUGGGCUUCCGUUCUAGUGAUCGAUCGAAAGGAGAGGGCGAGUACAAGAGCAUGCCCCUUGAGGGGCGUUUGGAUCUUAUGAGGCCACGCCUCCCGAAGCAGAAGAAACCUGAGGAGAAUGAUCCUCACCAGUCUGCCACUGAGCCUGCUGAUUCGAUCAUCAGCGAGGCAGUCGCUGAACCCACAACACCCGUUCGACAGAUAGUGUCGUUAUCAUUGGAUUCACCCGUGAGAUGGGCUACAUUGCCAACUCCAAAUAUCGAUGAGGUGCCUCCUGCGCCACAAGCGCGCCUGCUAUCUCUCCCUCCAACACCCCUCCACUUUGUCUCCCCGCCCUCCAAACCAGUUGUGCGCGGAAAUCAACCAAAGUCGCCCCUUUCGUUGCAAGAACGAAGGAUGGAGCGAUCGCGCCCUACUUCCCCACCCCUUCUCUCAUGGAAUGCUGCGGUCGAAGCGCCUCCAAAAACGAUUGCUACUCCCUCCGCACUUCCAAGAGACACUUAUUUCCCGAAUGCCUGGGACGAUUCUCCCACCAGAAACAAAGAUCCUGCAUCAUCAUCAAGGUCGUCCUCGAGCACGUCCUCUGAGACAGAUGCAACGAGCACAGAAGUUAGCCCCGUCCAGGCAGACCCAUCACCUCAAACACUCUUCAGCCCACCACCUGUACCAGAGAUUCCUCAGAUGCUUCUCCAGCUGGGGCACUACCGCAAUGUCACUGGGCCUUCCUCUGGGGGUGGCACCGCGCCGCCCACCCCUGACCGCACCAAGGUGAAACGCGUCUUCCCGUGGGAGGAGCGCCCUCGUGUUGCUCCUGCACGUGUAUUCCCAGAAGGCGAGCCCCGCCCACAAGGGUUGAUGUUCUUACAGUCCCCGCCUCGUUCUGCUGCACUUCCAUCUACUCCUGAGCGCAAGCUGAGCAGGGAGUUUGGAGCGCACCAGCCGAUGCCCUCGCCGUUAGCAGGUUUCCCAUCAUUGACAUCUGCGAAUAUGUGGGAUGCCGUUCCUGGCAUCCACAAGUUUGCUUCGAAGCUUGCGCGCCCUCCAGGGCCCACUCCCCUAGCAACCGCAUUCGAAAACCCAAAGAAACCCUGGGAGGAGAAGUCAGAAGCCAGCAGUCAUGAUGGUGAUGUAGAGGAUGAGAUGGACUCCGAUGAGGACGAGGGCAAGCAGACAGUGACAGAGGUACGAUCUCGCAGUUCUAGCAUCGCAACCGCUGGGAAGAAAUACCAAUCAUUUGGAGUGCAGACGGAUGUGAAGGAAAUGUGCAGCCAGAGUGUGCAGGUUGUUGCAGAGGAGGAUGUCGGUGCAAAGCGGUCAUUGAGGGCGCGCAAGCCUAGCGGAUCGACGAAGAAGCAGUGGCACCCUUCAUCAAGUCUCAGGGUGUUGCCGCCCGCAAUGGAUGUUGCUGCGGGUGCUGAGCCGAGUAGCUUGUUGUCCCCUGCUAUCUCGCAAGUGUCAACGCCGCGAUUUUCCGUUACUGCUGUAGCGGAAGACACUGAUGGAAUGAUUCCUUCGGCUGUGAUGGGUUCUCCGGGGACACCGCCUCCGCAGACGCCCGGACAGCCAGGCGAAACAACGCCGAGAGCAGGAAGGAGUACAACAUCGAGUCCACUGUCGUCCCCUUCUCGACUGUUCUCCAGUGAAUCCCCGACUUCAUCAUCUCUAGGACCUGCAUCACCGUACGAAGGGCGGUCUCCUGGUACUCCUUCUCGAGCAUCCCGUGUCUGGGAUCCUGCUCGAGGCGUAGACCUCUUCAAACGUGGCUCGGAAGAGGUGCUUGCUCGAUUCCUGAAGAUCAGCUCACGAGAGGAGCCCACACGUCGGAUAUAAUGAGUUCCAAGUAUUACGUAUCUGUUAUGAACUUUCUCUUUUCAUGUUCUACGUUUUAUUGAUCACGGACAGAAUCUCUCUCAUUUUUUUCCUCCUGUACGAUCAUGCGAAGUCUCUGUAUACCCGCAACCUUUCUUGUUUCCUUUAUUCAUUAUCGUCCUUCGUCACUUUCUGUUCAAAUUUAUUUAGCAUCCGCAAUGCAUAGCUGCUAAUCAUUCACCGUGGUUCACGAGUCCCUGUGAGCGCUAGCUGUCAGUGCUGCAAAUCUUAGGCACGGUUCUCUAACUUUAGAGUCGAACGACAAAAGCUCAAAUAUGCAUUUCUGGACAGAAUUAGCUGAAAAUCGUACGAGCCCAGUGGCGAAAACCUUUG